CGGCGAGGGCGCGAGGCUGAGGCGGAGGGGCGCGGCGGCCGGUCGCAGUGCUCGCCGGACUGCCGACGUGAACUGUGAAGGCCAGCAAAUCCAGCAAUUUGUUUUGCUCUCUCAAUCCCAAAUGCAAGUAUUUUUUUCUAUUCUCAAUUUUUACCCCUUUCCUUUCUUAGUUUCUUAUCAAUUGGUCAAUUAGAAAUUUUUUUUGAUGUAUAAUAGAUGAGGAGGAGCAGAACUAUAAAAUCAUUUUACUGUCACUGUAAUGAAUUUCUAUGGAUAGUUCUUGCCUUUACUUUGAGCCCUAUGCGUCUAGACAUCCUGGUACCGCCACUGUGCGGCGCCGAGGUGGCAAAGCCGCGUGGCCAUGGAGGGAGGAGACGAGCCCGCACGCCGGCGAGUGUGGGCAGCACUGAUGCCCGCACGACGACGAUGAUGAUGCGGCAGCUGCCCGGUGGGUUUGCUCGGCGAGAAUGAUGCCGUGAAGUACCCUCUGGUGGCUACUUCAAUUUGGUUCUCAAAUUUGUCCAGGUCCUGACACCCUAGAGCAUUCUCCUGGCUGCCGCUGCUUGUAUUACAACUUAGAACGCCUUCACGAUGAGAAUCGCAGGGACCAUCAGCCAGCAGCUCACCCGCUACGCAGCCGCACAGGCGCUGCUCCCGGGGGCGCACCUUCACGCCCACCUCUUCAAGUCUGGCUUCCUCGUCUCCUUCUGCAAUCACCUCAUCUCCUUCUACUCCAAGUGCCACCUCCCGUACUGUGCACGCAGGGUGUUCGACGAAAUCCCUGACCCGUGUCACGUCUCCUGGUCAUCCCUCGUUACUGCCUACUCCAACAAUGGUCUGCCCUGGAGCGCAAUCCAGGCCUUCUGCGCCAUGCGUGAGGGGGGUGUAUGCUGCAAUGAGUUCGCGCUCCCUGUUGUAUUGAAGUGCUUGCCAGAUGCUCGGCUCGGUGCGCAGGUGCAUGCCAUGGCAUUGGUAAUGGGGUUAAACAGUGACGUCUAUGUGACCAAUGCGCUUGUGUCCAUGUACGGCGGAUUUGGCUUCAUGGAUGAUGCAAGGAAGCUGUUCGAUGAGGGUUGCAGCGAGAGGAACGCUGUCUCCUGGAAUGGUCUGAUGUCGGCGUACGUCAAGAAUGACCAGUGCAGCGAUGCCAUCCAGGUUUUUGGUGAGAUGGUGUGGAGCGGGAUUCGGCCUACCGAAUUUGGCUUAUCUUGCGUGGUGAAUGCCUGCACGGGUUCCAGGAAUAUAGAGGCUGGAAGGCAAGUGCAUGGUAUGGUGGUACGGACGGGUUAUGACAAGGAUGUGUUCACGGCCAAUGCAUUGGUUGACAUGUAUGUGAAAGUGGGGCGUGUUGAUAUUGCUUCUGUGAUUUUUGAGAAAAUGCCUGAUUCAGACGUGGUGUCCUGGAAUGCUUUAAUUUCUGGGUGUGUACUUAAUGGACACGAUCACCGUGCAAUAGAGUUGUUGCUGCAGAUGAAGUCCUCAGGGCUGGUUCCCAAUGUGUUUACUUUGUCUAGCAUUCUGAAGGCUUGUUCUGGUGCUGGUGCGUUUGAUUUGGGUCGGCAAAUCCAUGGGUUCAUGAUCAAAGCCAAUGCUGAUUCAGAUGACUAUAUAGGAGUUGGUCUUGUGGAUAUGUAUGCAAAGCAUCAAUUUUUGGAUGAUGCGAGGAAGGUGUUUGAUUGGAUGUCCCAUAGGGAUUUGGUUCUGUGGAAUGCACUAAUAUCAGGUUGUUCUCAUGGAGAACGGCAUGGUGAGGCUUUAUCUCUCUUUUGCGAGUUAAUAAAGGAGGGUAUCGGUGUCAAUAGGACGACAUUGGCUGCUGUUCUCAAGUCCACAGCGAGCAUGGAGGCAAUUAGUGUGACAAGACAGGUUCAUGCUCUUGCAGAGAAGAUAGGAUUCAUAUCUGACACUCAUGUUGUCAAUGGGCUUAUUGAUUCAUAUUGGAAGUGUAAUUGCCUCAAUGAUGCAAACACAGUGUUUGAAAAGUGUUCUUCUGAUGACAUUAUAGCUUUUACAUCCAUGAUCACAGCACUCUCACAGUGUGACCAUGGUGAGGGUGCAAUAAAGCUGUUCAUGGAGAUGCUAAGGAAGGGGCUUCAGCCAGAUCCUUUUGUGCUAAGUAGCCUACUGAAUGCCUGUGCUAGCCUCUCAGCUUAUGAGCAAGGGAAGCAAGUGCAUGCUCAUCUGAUCAAGCGACAGUUCAUGUCAGAUGUGUUUGCAGGGAAUGCUCUUGUGUACACAUAUGCUAAGUGUGGGAGCAUAGAGGAUGCAGAGUUGGCCUUCUCUAGCCUUCCAGAGAGGGGAGUUGUUUCAUGGUCUGCAAUGAUCGGAGGGCUAGCACAGCAUGGGCAUGGGAAGAAAGCAUUGGAAUUGUUCCACAGGAUGGUUGAUGAGGGCAUUGAUCCAAACCACAUCACCAUGACUAGUGUUCUCUGUGCUUGCAACCAUGCAGGGCUUGUUGAUGAGGCCAAGCAGUACUUCAAUUCGAUGAAGGAGAUGUUUGGCAUUGACAGGACAGAGGAGCAUUACUCAUGUAUGAUUGAUUUGCUUGGCCGUGCUGGUAAACUAGACGAUGCAAUGGAGCUUGUUAAUAGCAUGCCGUUCCAAGCGAAUGCCUCAGUUUGGGGGGCACUAUUAGGUGCUUCAAGAGUACAUAAAGACCCAGAAUUGGGAAGGCUGGCAGCAGAAAAGCUCUUUGGCCUAGAGCCUGAGAAAUCUGGUACACAUGUUCUUCUUGCAAACACUUAUGCAUCAGCAGGCAUGUGGGAUGAGGUGGCUAAGGUUCGAAAGCUAAUGAAAGAGAGUAAUAUCAAGAAGGAGCCUGCCAUGAGUUGGGUUGAGGUUAAGGAAAAGGUGCAUACUUUCAUUGUUGGUGACAAGAGUCACCCAAUGACAAGAGAGAUAUAUGCAAAGCUAGCUGAAUUGGGAGAUCUGAUGAGCAAAGCUGGCUAUGUUCCAAAUACAGAUGUUGAUCUCCAUGAUUUAGAUAGGGGUGAAAAAGAGUUGCUUCUUUCUCAUCAUAGUGAAAGGCUUGCUGUCGCAUUCGCCUUGCUUAGCACCCCGCAUGGGGCACCCAUUAGGGUCAAGAAAAAUCUGCGUAUAUGCAGAGAUUGCCAUGUGGCUUUUAAGUUCAUUUCAAAGAUUGUUUCAAGGGAAAUUAUCAUCAGAGAUAUCAACCGGUUUCAUCAUUUCAGAGAUGGCUCAUGUUCUUGCGGUGAUUACUGGUAGAAAUGGUUUGGGACAGGACUUUUUUGUAGCUUGUUCAAGAAUUUUGGUGGUUAGAGAAGUUAUGUAAAUGCCCAGAGAGGAUUAACUUUAGAAAAUUUUGUAGCCAGUUAGCCACUGUAGUGACGUGCAUUCUUCUAGGCAAAUUCAGUAAGCUCUGUGGUUUCUCCAGCUGAAUCCACAACACACUUGGCACUAAGCCAGAAAGGUCCAUAAUUUUGUUCUUUCUGUUAUGUUAUGGAGGAUCAGUACAUUAUUUUCUAAACAUUCUUAAUCAUUAUUCGGUAUGACAAAAAUAAGCUGUAAAAUAUAAUCAGUAGUAUUUACAGGGAAAACAACGAUGAACCUUGGUUUGAUGA